AGUGGCUCCACCCCUUCCGCUCCACGCCGGAAGCCGGAAGUGCGGGGCGGAAGUAGGGCCCAGGGCUGCGAGGAGGUGCAGAGCCUGAUGCAACAUUCCCAGUGCGAUAUCAUUGGGAUGUUUCACCUGGGGGAAAGGUAGAAGAGCCCUGAGCAGUCUGGAAGGUGCUGCAAUCCCUGUCGGCUGUCAGGAGCCUGCAGCUCCUCUGGGAAGAUGGACACCCUGCGGAACCGGACGGUGGAGGAGCUCCAGGAGCUGCAGGAGAAUGCGGAGGAGAUUGAGCGCUUGGCACUGGAGUCCCAGGAGGUUCAGGAGCUGCAACUGGAAAGGGAGAUGGCCCUGGCUGCCAACCGGAGCUUGGCUGAGCAGAACCUGAAGUUCCAGGCGCCGCUGGAGACAGGGCGCACCGACCUCUCUAACAAAUACGAGGAGCUGCAGAAGCUGGCUGAGCGCUGUAAAGAGCAAAAGGCAAAACUAGAGAGAUUUUCUGCAGCAAUGCAACCUCAAACCCUGUUGGAUCUUCUGCAGGUGGAAAGCCAGAAAAUCGAGGAGGAGUCUGAGAAAAUGGCUGAAAAGUUCCUGGAGGGUGAGGUGCCCCUGGAGACGUUUCUGGAGCAGUUUGCUGUCAUGAGGAAGUUGUCCCACUUGCGCCGGGUCCGAGUUGAGAAGCUGCAGGAGAUCCUGAGGAAGUUGGAAGCAUCGCAGGAGCCCGGCAGGGACUCUCAGCAGCAGCUGCCUCCUCAUGUACCUGAGCCGCCGAAGCCGCAGCCAUUCCCAUCAGGAGCUCCUUCCUUCCCAUUGCCCUACAGCCCAGCCCCGACCAUGCCAGCCGGUCCCAUGGCCCAUGGAGCUCUCCCUGCUGCUCCUUUUCCUGGCUCUCCAGUCGCCGUGGGACAUGUUGCUUCCUCUCAGCCCAGCUCCCAGCCUUCAUUUUCCUACAAGCCUCCUCCAGGUGCUGGGUAUCCACCAGUGCAGGCUGCCGAUUCGGUGCCGGGCUAUCCCAAACCCCCCUCAGGAGGCUUAUCUCCAGCGCUGGGCUAUUCCUGGUCUCCAUCCAGAGGCCCACCUCAGCCCCCGGUGCCUCCCAGACCCAGAUACCCUCCCUACUUCCCCCCUGGAGCGGGCAGACCGCAGUGCCCCUACCCAACGCAGCCCCCUCUCCCUAGUUUUCCGGUCCCCCCACAGCCUCCUUAUCCUCCUGGACCGCCCGCACCUUUUGGAUACCCCCCACCUCCAAACCCUCCACGCCCUGCUUGGCCUGGCUACUAAAAAAAUGGGACUCCUGGGAGCAUCCUCAUCUGCUCCCUCCUCUUUUUGUGAACUGAGGAAUCUGAGCAAGCUGAGAGCAUUGCUCUUGGAUCUAUCCGUGCGCAAGCAUUAUGCGGGAUGAGGGAGAGAAGCAGCUCCAAGGAAUUGGGCAGGCUGUGCCUCUGGGUUCUGUUUGUGCAGAUCACUGGUGGGCUGAAGAAUUUGCUUCCAAAUCGGCUCAUCCAUGCUCUGGGAUGAAAGCCGAGCGGUCUUCCAGGUACUUGGAAUGAUGUGCACUGAUUACAGCUGCCAAGAGCCAGAUCCCUCUGUGUGUGCAAGAGAGACUUCUCCGUGCAUCCCUGUCAUUCACUUAGGGAUAACGGAUGUAGCAUCGGCAUUCUAAGCCUUUUCCAAAGACACGAUGGGAAUUUCUGACAGUAUUUCUGACACAAAAUACUCACUGCUUCCCAAGGACCUUCCUGGAAGUGAGAGGCAAAGCCAGCUGGGCUUGUGGCAAUUCCGAAUGGAUUACAGCAGGGAGAAGCAGCCGCUUGGAUGGGCCAAGGACCUUCCUGUCAGCGAGAGCAGAGCCAGCCUGGCUUGUAGGCGAUUCUAAAUGGAUUGCAGCAGGGAGAAAUAGUUAGCUCACCUCUUAGGUGGUCCAGACCUUGGGAUCUGGGUUUUUAUGUCGGUGUGGGAUAACUCCAGCUGCCUGAGGUACUCUGUGGGUACGAGCGUGCACUGAAGCCAAGAUCUUUCCUUAGAUUCAGGCUCUCCCAGCUCACUGGGGAGUGAAAGCCUCGCUGCUGCUGCUUUUGUCCAGCACUGGUGCCUUUCCCAGCCUGUGCUGGCUGUGCUCUGUCUCACCGAAGUCCUGGUAGCUAAAUGCAUGGAUAUUAUCCCUGAUUUUUGGAGUAAACCAGGCUGGCGUGAUGUCUUGGGCUGCUGCUGCUUUGGGAGCACGUGCCUCGGAUCACAGGGAGGAACGGGAGUCGGUGCCUCCUGCCCAGGUCUGAAAGGCUGGGGCUCCAUAACCUCCCGUAUCCCUGCGGAAUGAGGUAGAUAUUUGGGAUGCUCCAGGCUCCAGCCUUCCUCCCAUCCCCCUUCUCAGGAAACACUAUGUACCAGAGGGAGCCACCACAGGAUUUGCUUUGCUCAGCACUUUAUCCUACCAAUCCUGCCUGUAUCCCUGUAAGUUAUUGACAAGGAAAGAUUACUAAUGGACUAGAACAAAGCAGACCCUUGUGGGGUUUGAUGGAAACAAUUCCCUUUCUGUGGUUAAUUACAGUAAUAAAUUUGAUGAAUGAGAUGUGAGGCCGUAGCAGCAGUUGCUUUCAGAAGUGGUGGGGCGUCCAGCUGACCCUUCCGAUUGAUUUUUAUGCCCUCCUGGCGUCCUUACACCAUCUCCCUCUUGGUGUGGUCGAUGAACCCUUUCCCCUCUUACAGGACUGUCUUCCAACUCAUCUUUCCUGCUCUUGUUUCCAUCUAAGGCACCCU